AGCACAUGACAGUCGCGCCGCGUCACCCUGAGAGGAGGGUUCACGGAGGAGCGUCACCCCGGGCGCGUGCGUCUGGGGCCCCGGACCCCAGUACACCGCCGUCGGCCCGAUGUCAACCUGUGUGCGCGCGCCUCUAGCAGCAUUCCCUGGUCCAAACUACUGCAGACACCAGAGUAGUGUCUGCUGACUGACUUUUGUCACUUACUGUAGAAAUAAACGCCAACAAAACAAAGAUGAAGCUUGAUGCAUGGUUCUCUUCACAGACUCGUUGAAGGUCUCACCAGUGCAGUCGCGGCACUUUAAUCCAUCAUCCAGAGUCCCUCACUGUCCAAAACGACUUUCUUGGGCGAUCGGUGGCCAGGGGUUACCAUCCUCACACCAGAGGCGUGACUAGACGUGCGGUUCAUGUUGCCUUCGUAGAAGGCAACUCUUCUAAAAACCUUCCUCAAAAAAACAACCUACACAUGCGGAGAAAUCUGUAAAUAUCUUCUGGUCUUCGAUCUAGUCUGAAGUUGAUAAAGUACAUUUGUCUAUAAUUAAUGGACAUUCUUAAAACAGCGUGCCAAAUAAAUGCCACUGGAAAGUGAUUCAUGAUAGAAGGGUUGUAUCUGCUUUGUGUCCUUUGAUGUGUGACGCAGAAAACACAAUAAAUAGUUCUAGUAUAUAAAAACAAUCUUUCCAAACACACGGUGUGCAACUGACAUUUAUAACACCAAUGAUACUCUGCUGCAACAAAAUUGUUUUGUAGCAGGGUGCUUCAGAAUGGCCGCCCCGCUGUGGGUGCAAAUAGGAACCAGCUUCGUGCAACAUUACUACAAUGUGUUCGACACCAACAGACCGCAGCUUGGAGCGCUCUACUUCGAUCAGUCGUUUCUGUCGUGGGAAGGAGAAACGUUCCAGGGGAAGAAGGCCAUCAUUGACAAACUCACUAGUCUGCCAUUUGGGAAAAUAGAGCAUGUUAUAACGGCGCAGGACCACCAUCCCACCUUGGACUCCUCCAUCCUCAGUAUGGUUGUGGGACAGCUCCGGGCGGACGACGACAACGUCAUCGGUUUCCACCAGUGCUUCAUCCUGAAGAACAUAAACGACGCAUGGAUAUGUACCAACGAGAUGUUCCGACUGGCGAUCCAUAACUUCUCCUAAUCGAACCGGUUUGCUGCGGAUGGAGAGAACGCUCGUCCCCUCCCUCCCUGCUGUCUCAUUCAUUUUGUCUGACUUGCACUUAUGUCACCAGAAGGACAAACAACAUGCCCCCCCACCCCCCUCCUGCGCCCCCUUCAGUCUCUUAUCAUGAUGCCUUGUUGUCACACGGCUGGUUCUCAGUUCUAAGCAUUCUUCCAAUCCUUCCCGUGUGUUGCUGACCUGCUGUGGCUCAUGUCUCAGAAGAGCAGUAGUUUCUGUUGCGCCAUCAGCUUUCUAACCUGACAUUCUCCUCGUCACUCAUUUGACAUAGAUCACAGGAGACGGCCACGAUACACAAUAAAACCUGGACGAUUUCUUAA